CGACGGCGGCGGCGGCGGCGGCUGUGGAGGUGACGGCGGGGCCGGGGCAGGGAGCUUUGGCGGCGGGGACGGAGCAGCCAUGAGGGCCGGGCCCAGUCACCGACAUGUGAGUGACUGCCCCAUGUUAUGUUGAUGCUGGUCUGCCAUGCUAGCCUGUCUGCCUGGGCCAAGUGACCUGUCCUUUCAGCUUCUCUCUUACACGCAGAUGAACACUGGACUUCAGAAAUGGGACACUACACAGAAAAUGAGAACUGCUCACUACCCCACCCCAGCCGAAUUGGAUGCGUAUGCUAAGAAGGUCGCCAACAACCCACUGACUAUAAAAAUCUUCCCCAACAGCGUCAAGGUUCCCCAGCGGAAACACAUUCGCCGUACUGUGAACGGACUUGACACAUCGACCCAGCGCUACAGCCCUUACCCAGCCCAGGCCACUGCCAAGGCCGGCCUCCUCGCUAUCGUCAAAGUGCCGGCCAAAAGCAUCGUCAAGGACUUUGACGGCUCCCGUGCCCGGCUGCUCCCGGAGGCCGUCAUGAACCCCCCGUCGGCCCCGUACGCUGCACCUAGCACUUUAACCCACCCCCAGGCCCAGGCCCUGGCCCGCCAGCAGGCCCUACAGCACGCACAGACGCUGGCCCACGCCCCGCCCCAGACGCUGCCACACCCUCAGGGUAUCCCACAGUCCCAGGCACUGUCCCAUUCCCAGAGCCUCCAGCAGGGCUUGGGCCACCCUCAGCCUCUGGCCCAGCCCCAGGGUUUGGCCCACCCCUCGACCAUGGCUCACCAGGGCCUGCAACACCCCCCCAACCCCUUGCUGCAGCCAGGUUUGCAUGGGGGCCGGAAGAUGCCAGACGCAGACGCCCCACCGAAUGUGACCGUGUCUACCUCAACCAUUCCCCUCUCCAUGGCGGCCACUCUGCAGCAGACCCAGCCCCCGGACCUGAGCAGCAUCGUCCACCAGAUCAACCAGUUCUGCCAGACGCGGGCAGGCAUCGGCACUACCUCAGUGUGCGAGGGGCAGAUCGCCAACCCCAGCCCCAUCAGCCGCAGCCUGCUCAUAAAUGCGAGCACUCGCGUGUCGACCCACAGCGUCCCCACCCCGAUGCCUUCCUGUGUGGUCAACCCCGUGGAGCACACUGUUGCCACAGCAAUGCCCACCACCGGUGCUGUUAACCUGCCGAUGGUGGGGAUCAAUCGGGCAACAGUCAGCUACUCCAGCGACCUCAAGCCAGUGGCCUGGAACCAGCACCAGUUGGCCCACUUGCAGCAGAUGUGCAGUGAGGCUGGUGGCAGUUCUGCCGGCGGUCUGGCGAGCAAGCUUCCUUCCGGGCGCGAAAUGGCAGGGCCAGGUUUCACGAGCAAGGCGCCUGCUUACCCGCAAGAACUUUGCAUGGGCCAGCCCUUCCACCUGAAACCGCCCCUGGAGAAGCCAACCCCGUCCCCACCCGUCAAUGGCCCGGCGGCCCCACUGGCCUACCCCAACGGGCAUUAUUUCCAACCCCUGUGGAACAACAUUCUGCCUACUCCCAACAGCGACAGCUCCGGGUCCCAGGACCUCGCCAUGCCCUUCCACGGCGGGCAGCCUGCAGGUGCAACCCUCGACUGUGCCGCUGCCGGGGCCCACUAUCGUGCAGGGGCUGGGGCCGGCACGGUGCCUGGCCAGAAUAACUUGAUGCAAACAGUAGAUUACCUAAGUGGGGACUUCCAGCAGGCCUGCUUCCGUGAGCAGAGCCUGGCUAUGCUGAGCAAGGCCCACCGCCCCCCGGGCAGUCGGGCCCCGGAACCUACAGAUAGUCGAAAUCUUCAUAUUCAACAUCCUGGCUAUAGAUAGGUGCCAUUGUUCUUGAGACACAAAAUACACCACAGACACAUACACACACACAGACACACACACACAGAGACACACACAAGUUUAGUCUUAAUUUUGAAUGAAUUGUUUUUUAACUUUCAUAAACUCCUUUGUGAUCUUUCUAAUUCACUAUUGUUGGGAGAACUACUCUAUUCUGAUGGCGGGGACACCAUUGUCCUUCACCUUUUGCCCGCUCCCCACACUGUCAGCUUUUUAGUUCAAGAAAUCUCAAAACAGAGUUUUUCUUGGUUUCCUCCAUGCGCCUUAUGUCCUCUCUUCCCUCUGGGUCCCACACUUUUAGUCAUUUUGACCCUCAUUCUUCACCUCUGCCCUCCCCCAAUACCAAACCUAACCCUGAAUUUCUAAGACAGUUGUGCCCACAAACAGCCACAGGGCUACGAGUGGCCCUCCACACUUAGAAUUUCUGAACUUGGCUUCUUUCUGCUUCCUUUUUCCCCUUGAAAUAAACUAGAUUACUUAGAUUUUCUUAGACCCCACUUAUCGGUAGUUCUCAGCGUAGACCUCUUGGAAAAUCCAUAACAUCCCAUUCCAGCUCUUGACUCUGGUUUGAUAUCCGGUCUGUUCCUGGGCCUGUGGUGGGCUUAUCAUCACACAUGCUGCCUGGGAAGGACCAUAAAUCUCAGCCCUUCCAAAAUCUGGUCUUAUAUUUUGUGUUUGAUGCUUUGUUCCUGUUCCUUCUCAAAAGCAGUGGGUGCAGAACACACCUGGUAGGGGGAUCUGUUUGUCCCUCCCCAGUCCGCUCACCCGAUUUCACACAUACCUCUCUCUGUGGGAUAAAGGAGGAGGAUCACACUGGAGUUUGGAGUUAAAAACCUCCCCCAACCCAAUUUUUAAAAAAGUACAAAUGCAUUUGGUUCUUUCUCUGUCCACUGGCUAAGACUACUGCUCUACACUGUAAGUUUUAAUGUAAUAUUUUGUAUGAAUGUAGUGUGGAAGUUUGAGUAGCGAUGUGUGUGAAUGGCCCCGAGGGCACAUCCACCUACUAGCCACCUCGUGUGUCAGCCCCUCAGCUUAAGAAGGAAAAGAAAAAAAUAAACACAAAGCCUUAAGCUCUGAACUCUUUCUUUACCAAACAGGAGCAUGGUUUUAGUAUCUGGAGACCUACUGAUUUUGGAAUCGACCUUCCCCUGCCCAUCUCCUUCAGAACGAACAUGAACACCCAUACACACAUACACAUACUCGCACACACACAUACACACACGUACACACAAAGACACUCACCUUUUGCGAUCAAGUAGCUUCUAGUUGUUUAAAAGACUUUUACAAAUGGUUUUCAAUCAUGAAAACGUAGACAUUUCUUUGUAAGGAUUUCCUCAAUUCUCCCUCCCAGCCCCAGCCCCACUCUCCUUUGAGUUGUAGUCACAUAGUUGGUCUAUAAUUGUUUUUCUUUUCCCUCCAUUUCUUGUUGAGUUGCUGAGUUUAGCCAUGUACCACACAGACCCUCUUCUGUGUCCCGCCCUCCCCUGCUUCCCCUACUCCUGCAUCUCGGGGUCAACAUGAGCUGAUGACGUCCUUAUUUAAGAUUUGAGGGUUUGGGUCUGCUACCCACUGUUGUUUAGCAAGAAACUCCUUUAGUGAGCGGAAGCAAUGUGACUGAAGACUGGUUUUUUAAAUUAUGUGUUGGCGAGUUGCCUUAUAUUUAAGAAAAGAAAAAAAGAAAAAAAAUGCCUGAUUGUGUUAUGCCAAAUGAUGAUAGCAACAUGAAGUCCUAAUUUAUUGUUUCUGAUUGUUCUCCUGCAGUCUGUGUGAAAACUGGUAGAGGCCCACCCCCUCGGGGCCCACAGAAGCACUGGAGGCUUGUCUUUUGCCAUCUCUUCCCAGACGUCUCUCCCAUGUUCCUUUCUCUUCAUCCUCUGCCUUCCCUUUUCUCUCCCACUGCCCCUCUCCUCCAAACUAUUCUCUGUCAAAGCCAGGUUUCAGCGUCUCCUCCCUCCCCCCAUCUCCCCUAGGCAAGCAAGCUCUUUCUAGAAGUUAAGCAAGAAACUUUGUCAGUUCUCCCUUCAUCCCCUCCCUGCCAGAACAACAGUGGCUCUCUCCAGGCUCAGACCCAUUUCAAGAAAUCAGACUGGAGCUGAUCUCGCGGGCAUUAAAGCCAAACCAUCCAAUUCAAGUCCCUUUCCUGGUGCAGGGAUGCAGGAGGCUGAAUCCCUUGGCUCCUUCAGUGUCUAUGGAUCAUGUACUGUGAACCCCCUGGCCCCCUCCUCCAGCCCCUUUUUGGGGGAUUGUUGAGAGAGCAAGCAAGUCUCUUCCCCCACCCCCACCCCCCACCAGCAAUAAGGGUCCAACAUGAGGCUGCCUCACACCCCACCCCUGCCCUGGCCCAGGGAGAAAUGGGUUCCCUCCACCCCCCGCCCCAUGUUCAUAAACUGUAGCAUUGUCUGCCUCCCUCAUCCUGACCCCUUCAUUUGGGGCUUCUUGAUGGGUGUGGGGGGUGACAUCAUGACUAGUAAAAAUCUAGCCUUCUGGCCUUGUCCUAUUUAAUUUAAUGCUGUGAAUGUCUGAGGUGGAUUUUAUUUUCCGGUUAGAACACAGUUUCCAAUGUCAGAUUUGUAGCCAAUUCAGGAAAAGGGGUUCCUCUGGAGAUGUUCCCAGCCACCUCUUUUGUUUUUCGGAGGGAGGUCCUCGAAUUGUAGUCCUGUUCUUUUGGCUCUUCCACACAGACGCCCUUUUGCUCCACAACUACUGACAGCUCCAGCAGAUAGAGGAGCCCCCUAUCUCCCGCCCCGUCGCUGGGCUUCAUCGAGGGGAACGUAGGUGACUGAGUGGAGCCCUAGCUCUUCAUUCCAGCGCCUGUUCUGCUCUAGCAAACCCUGCUUGGUUUGGAAUUCUUCAGAACAGGUGACUUUGUUGUGCUCACCGCUGGGCAGGCCUCCCAGAGGCCCUGGGUGAGGGCCAGGCCUCUUGGGUGGACCCUGUGACAGCUGCUGUAAUCUCAUGAAAACAAACCCCUUCUGGUUAUAUGAAGCUGCUUCUCACGUGCUACGGGUAUAAACUAGAAAACCUUUUUUUUUUUUUUUCCUUUUAUUUUGUCUGCAGGAAAAUUUUAAGAAAAAAAAAUAAAAAAAAGAGCAAAGCCAAAAAUGUUGUUUUAACUCCCCUUUUCUGCUCUGUCUGCAGUGUAUGCUGGGCCUGGGCUGGGCAUCUGAGGAGGAGCUGCUAAGGGAAGGGCCCGGUACCUCAUCAGUGAUAAUCUGUACCAAGAGGCACAAGUCCCAUUCCAAUGCCAUCUCCCCGGGUCCUUGAGAUAUUCCUUUUUGCGUUAAAUAUGCAGGAUUUAAAAGUGCUUCCAGAUCCUUGAACUCAGUUGUGAUCCUUGUGUUACCUGACGGGCCUUUUGGGUAGGAACUUUUUUCUACCCGUUGGACUGCUGUGGAAAUCGAAACCUAUUAAUGCCUAUUAAAUAGACUCGUGAUUUCAGGGCCACGUAGUGAGGACUCGGGACUUCUUAUGGGUCUCCUUACUCUGCCGCCCAGGGCUCAGAGGGAGGAGGUAAAUGGGAUGUAUGCUCAAGUCCUACUCACCACUCACUAGUGAUUCCAAUUGAUUCUGACCCUGUUUCUUCUAUAAAAUAAAAUUCUAUGAAAAACA